CGUCGAGGGCCCCGGCCCCGCCCCACUCCCGGGCCCCCGCAGGGUCCGAGCCGGCGGCGGGGCGGGGGGGGCGCCCCGAUGAGCCCCGAGUGCGAGGAGCCGCCGCCCCGCCGCGCAGGGCGCCAUGUUUUGGAAGUUUGACCUGCCCACGAGCUCGCACCUGGACUCGCUGCUGGAACGGGAGGACCUGAGCCUGCCCGAGCUACUGGACGAGGACGACGUGCUGCAGGAGUGCAAGGUCGUCAACCACAAGCUGCUGGAUUUCCUGCUGCAGCCGCCGCACCUACAGGCCAUGGUGGCCUGGGUCACGCAGGAGCCCCCGGCCGGUGGUGAAGAACGGCUUCGCUACAAGUACCCUAGCGUGGCGUGUGAGAUCCUGACGUCAGACGUGCCGCAGAUCAACGAUGCCCUGGGAGCUGACGAAGCCCUCCUGAACCGGCUCUAUGGCUUCCUGCAGAGCGGCGACAGCCUCAACCCGCUGCUGGCCAGCUUCUUCAGCAAGGUCAUGGGCGUCCUUAUCAACCGCAAGACGGACCAGCUCGUGUCCUUCCUGCGCAAGAAGGACGACUUCGUGGACCUGCUGCUGCAGCACAUCGGCACUUCGGCCAUCAUGGACCUCUUGCUGCGCCUGCUCACCUGCGUGGAGCGGCCGCAGCUGCGGCAAGAGGUGGUCACUUGGCUCAAUGAAGAGAAGAUUGUGCAGCGGCUAAUCGAGCAGAUCCAUCCGUCCCGAGAUGACAAUCAACAUUCCAACGCGUCCCAGUCGCUGUGUGACAUCAUCCGCCUGAGCCGAGAGCAGAUGAUCCAAGUCCAGGACACCCCAGAGCCCGACCAGCUGCUGGCCACGCUGGAGAAGCAGGAGACGAUCGAGCAGCUGCUGAGCAAUAUGCUGGAGGGGGCCACGAGCCCGUCAGUGCUGGUGAGCGGAGUGCAGGUGCUGCUGACCUUGCUGGAGCCCCGGAGGCCCAGGGCAGAGACCACCUUGAGCAACUUCUUUAGCAGCGUGGACGGGCAGCUGGAGCUCCUGGCCCAGGCCGUCCUGGACCAGUCUGCGUCCAGCGCCGGCGCCCUGCAGGCCCUGCGCCCUCGGCUUCGCCGCUUCCACCAGCUCCUGCUUGAGCCCCCCGAGCUGGAGCCCCUAUGCACGACGUGGGGCAGCCUGGCCCCUCCUCUGGGCAACACCCGGCUGCAUGUGGUGAAGCUGCUGGCCUGCGCCCUGAGUGCCAACGACGCGGCCCUCACCGAGGAGCUCCUGGCGCUGGACGUGCCCAACACCAUGCUGGACCUCUUCUUCCAGUACGUGUUCAACAACUUCCUGCAUGCCCAAGUGGAGAUGUGUGUGAGUGCCAUGCUGGGCAUCACGCCACUUUCUGAAAUCAUCCCCCCCGAGACGCCUGCCCCAAACCCCGCCGUCAAGCACCUGCUGCAGCAAUGCCGCCUGGUGGAGCGCAUCCUGACUGCCUGGGAGGAGAACGACCGCGUGCAGUCUGCAGGAGGCACCCGGAAGGGUUACAUGGGCCACCUGACGAGAGUGGCCAAUGCCCUGGUGCAGAGCGCCGAGAAGGGGCCGAACGCCGAGCAGCUGGGCCAGCUGCUGAAAGAGCUGCCGGCCGAGCAGCAGGAGCAGUGGGAGGCCUUCGUGGCAGGGCCCCUGGCAGAGACCAACAAGAAGAACACGGUGGACCUGGUGAACACCCACCACUUGCACUCCUCCAGCGAGGACGAGGAUGACCGGCUCAAAGAGCUCACGUUCCCCGAGGAGGCGGUGCUGCAGCAGGCCUUCAUGGACUUCCAGAUGCAGCGCAUGACCUCCGCCUUCAUCGACCACUUUGGCUUCAACGACGAGGAGUUUGGGGAGCAGGAAGAAAGCGUGAACGCGCCUUUUGACAAGACAGCCAACAUCACCUUCUCCCUCAACGCCGACGACGAGAACCCCAGCACCAACCUCCUGGAGCUCUGCUACAAGGACCGCAUCCAGCAGUUCGAUGACGAGGAGGAGGACAGCCGGGAAUCGGACGGGGAGGACGGGGAGGACGGUGCCUGGGACGGCAGCCAGCAGACCAGCAAGGGCCUGGGCCAGCCCCUCGCUGUGCGGAGCCGAGGCAGCACUGACAGUGAGGAGGACGAGGACGAGGAGGACGAGGACGAGGAGGGUGAUGGAGCAGCCCUGGGGGGGCCCAGCCCCCCGCCCUAUGCCAGCCCCGGCCCUCAGCCUCCAGGCCCCAGCUGGACGGCCUCUUUUGCCCCAGUGCCUGCGGAUGCCCCGACCGAGCCCCAGGACUCCCAGGAGUCUCGCUCCGGAGCACCUGCCACUCAGGGCGGCUCCGAUGGGCCCCAGGCCCUCCCUAUGCAGAGCCCGGCCAGCCCUGUGGGCCCCGGCAACCUGCAGCCCAGGACUCAGGAGCCCACACACCCUUCCGCACCUCAGGAAGCCCCAGUUGGUGGCAAAGCAGCAGAGCCCGUAGCCCCUUGCCAGGCCGUGGUCAGCGUCGAGGACCCCCAGGCCACCCCCAGAGAGACGUGUUCUGGCCCCAGCUCCUUGGACAGUGUGACCGGAGACCCCGCUACCUCUGUCCCGGCCUCCGGGGCCUGCCAGGAGCCUCCACCCGCCAAGGGCAAGGAUCCAGACCCGAGGUAACCAGUCCCCCGCCGGGUGGAGGCGGCCCUCUCUGCUCCUGGGGACGCCCGCGGGGGGCAGGGCAGGUCCCCCGUGACCCCUGCCCCUCCUCCUGGACUCCGCGAGGCUGGGCCAGGGACCCCCAUUUGCACUGAGACCCAUUUGCACCGGAGUCCAUGUCUGAGAAAGAAUCGGGAGUGGCUGGGCCAGGAGAGCCUGUGUGGAUCGAGAGUUCGUCGGGGCGGUGGGACCCAGCACAUGGCUGGUGGGGCUGCGAGGCCCUGCGCUAACUCGGGUCGGUGCCCGCACCUCCUUGGCCUGGGUGCCUCCAGCUGGGCCUAAGUGGGCUGUGCCUUUGGGAACCCCUCACUGGGCCCCGCACUUUCCCCAUCUGGGGGCCAAGGAAGCAGCGCCUAUCAGCGGCUGUAGUUGGGAGGGUCCCCGUCUGUCCAGGCGGCUCCUGUGACCUUCCCUGGGGCCCUGACCCUCACAGCUGGCA